ACUCGUAUUGACUGUGAGCUGCAGCGUCUCUCAGUCGGACCCUGAAGCUGGACUGAGAGAAGCAGCAGGAGACGAGGAUGAGACCUGUCGGUACCAUGAGGGUUUUUUGGGGUCUGGUUUCUGUGCUCGCCCUCCCAGUCCUCAGGGCUCAGGUUCCUCACUGGGGUCCGUGUUCAGAACCAGAAGUCCAAACCGGGUUCAGCCUUCAACAGUUCAUGGGGAGAUGGUUUGAAAUCGCCAAACUGCCGGCCCAGUUUGAGAAGGGCCGCUGCAUCGAAACCAACUUCACCUUCAGGACCGACACCUCCAUUCGAGUGGUCAGCUCUGAAAUCCUAAAAGGAGAGGUGAGGAAAAUCGAAGGGACUGGAAUCGUAGUGGAUCCAAAGAAUCCAGCUAAACUGGGAAUAAGUUAUUCCUAUGUCCUCCCGUACUCUCCGUACUGGAUCCUGUCCACCGACUACGUGAACUUCGCCCUGGUGUACUCCUGCACAGACGUCCUCAGGCUCUUCCACGUGGACUUUGCCUGGAUCCUGGGCCGGACCCGGAGCCUGCCGGACUCCACCAUUGAGAGGGCCCUGAACGUCUUCGCCUACAACAACAUAGAUGUGACCAGAAUGACCCCCAGCAGGCAGCAGGACUGUGAUAAAACCCUCUGAGCGGCUGACGUUAUAGCUUGAUUUUUGAUGAUGGAUGUAAGCUUUGUCGUGUGAAACUAACUGAACAUUUAUAAAUGUUUGUUUUUAUAUUUAAACAUCAAUACACUGAUUAUAAAAUUCCA